GUCUCUUCUGCCAUGACUUGCUUGGAGACUUUAGGGUUUUAGAAAGAGAGUUUGAGAGAGAGAGAGAGAGAGAAUGUGGAGAUCAGGGCUGAGGUUGUCUCUCCGCCGGCUGCGGCGGAGCUCGCAUCCGCUCGGAAUGUCUCCGGCGGCUCCGCCCGAAGCAUCGACACCCGCUCGCCUGUGCCCCCCCGUCUUCCUCCCCGGAGCUCCCUUGAACUUGAACUGGAGUACCAGAUCCGUCUCCCACCAAUCCUUCGAUUCCGGCGAGGCGAGCGGGUUCGACGACGAGGCGCCGCGCUUCGACGCGAAUGCCGACGGCCAGGUGACGGGUGGCUUGGCAGCUGAAGGAGAAGAAGCCGCCGCCGCCGGCGACGGCGGCGACGGCGGCAAUGGAGGCGUGGAGGAGGAGGAGGAGGUUGACGAGAUCGUCCCUGAGCAGCUGGAGGGCGUGCUGUCUCUCUUGCAGAGCACCGCCGACGGUUCCUUGGAGUCGACCCUCGAUGGGAUGCGCAUGACUCUGCAUCCGCAGUUCGUCAUCAGAGUGCUGGAGACCCCGCUCCUCGUGGGCGACAAUGUCCUUCGCUUCUUCAGGUGGGCUUCUUCCAAGCAUUCCGAUUUCGAGGCGACCGCCCCUGUUCUCCGAGCUCUCGUCCGGUGCGUUUGCAGCGGUGGGGAUUUGAGGCGGAGAGAUGUGUAUUCGUUGUGGGAUUUGAUCAAGGAGGUCGGGGAAAAGGGGAAUGGCGCGUUGGACGCCGCUGUUCUCAACCCUUUGAUAGCUUCUCUUUCGAGGUUGGGUAAAGGGAAGGCUGCGCUCGAGGUGCUUGACAGGUUUGAUGAAUUCGGAUGCGUCCCCGACGAGAUGUCUUAUUAUUUUGCUGUAGAAGCGCUCUGUAGGCGCUCGAUGAAUGACCUAGCUUGGUCCGUGUGCGAAAGGAUGAUUAAUGCAGGACGCUUGCCCGACGGCAAUAAAGUCGGGAAGAUCAUAUCUUGGCUUUGCAGGGGGAAGAAAGCCGAAGGUGCCUACUCAGUUUAUUUAGCCGCAAAGGACGGCAACUCCCCCCCUCAAUCCAGUAUAAACUUUUUGAUUACUUCGUUGUGUCGAGAGGAUCAGACUGUGAAAUUAGGCUUGGAGUUGCUGGGUGACUUAAAAGGGGAGGCGCGAAAAUAUGCUAUCAAGCCAUUUUCUGCUGUCGUUCACGGUCUUUGUAGGAGUGGAGAUCUCAAUGGGGCAAAAUUGCUCAAUAAGAUGAUUGCUGAAGGACCAGCUCCAGGAAAUGCGGUUUUUAACUAUGUGAUUAGUAGUUAUUCCAAGGCCAAGGAGAUGGGAUUAGCUAGGGAGUUGGUAAAAUUGAUGGAGGCUCGGGGAUUGAAACCGGAUGUGUAUACUUAUACUGUCAUCAUUAGUGGUUAUGCAAACAGUGGUGAGAUGGAUCAGGCCAGGGAAGUCCUGUUGGAAGCCCAAAAGAAGCACUCUAAGCUGACACCAGUGACUUACCAUACACUCAUCCGUGGCUAUUGCAAACUUGAAGAAUUCGACAAGGCCCUCGAAUUACUUAGUGAGAUGAAGAAUCAUGGAGUGCAGCCUAAUGUUGAUGAAUAUAAUAAAAUGAUUCAGUCGCUUUGCUUGAAGGCGUUGGAUUGGGAGAAGGCAGAGAAAUUGUUGGGAGAAAUGAAAGAGAGAGGACUAUAUCUUAAUGGAAUCACGCGGGGGCUCAUAAAAGCCGUCAAAGGAUUGGAAAGCGAAGCGAUGGACACCGCAGAACUAACAGCUGUUCCUUAAACUACUGGUACUAGCUGGCCGGUCAAGCCCGACAUGCCUUGGACAUCCUUCCGAGGUUAUCAACAACAAAUGGGAUGUUUGGCUGAACCCUUUGUUCAACAGUCUUUUUUUUCUGAGUCUAUCAACAACCGAUGGGACUUUUGGCUGAAACCAUCGUGCAACAUAGUAUCGGCGCUUUUCUUUCUUUGGCUUAGAUACAUGAUGUUACAGGUCAGGAGAUGGUGACAAGUUUAACUCAGAUCAAUUCUACUUAAGAGAGACAUGUAUCGAGCUUUUGUGUCUCCGCUUCACCCAGAAGAAUGAGAAGUUUUGAGAGAGCAUGUAUUGCGUCUGCUUUUAGUCACAAUUUUUCCUUUCUACAACGUCAUCCGGCAAAACAACCAAUAACAAUUCAAAGGACAAUUUGAGGUGUAGUGAUUUGUACACGUUACUUUCUGUUUACUUAAAAAGUAAAACUAGUUUACUGAUUUUGUGCCAGUUGCUAAAAAGAAACGAAUUUUGUUUUACUGCA